CUAAAACCCAAAGCAUUUUAGGGGAAACCCAAAUCUAGAUCUACCACCUUCUCACCCCACCCCAAUGCCAUGCCACCAGAGCUCAUGGUGGGCGGAGCAAUAACUGCUGAUGAUGUUUAUCAUCCUGAGCAUUCUCUGGCAGGCAACCAAACCCUCUGUUUGUUCGGAAUUGUUGCUUUGGGUUUAGAGAUUAUAUAUAUAUAUAUAUAUUCUCCUGAAAGGGAAUGGCAGCAGGCAGUCAGCAAAGCUUAAGAAAAGCUUUGAAAACUGUUGGAUUGGCAAAAGCCAAUGGCGAUUUCAAGGCACUGGAUGUUGCCAUUGCCAAGGCCACAAGUCAUGAUGAAGCAUUGCCCAAGGAGAAACAUGUUUUAACUAUACUAAAUGCAGUUUCGGCAUUUAGACCUCGUGCUGAAGCUGCUUACUGCAUCCAUGGUCUUGCAAGGCGUCUUAGUAAGACUCACAAUUGGAAGGUAGCACUGAAAACCGUGAUUAUUGUACACCGUGCUUUGAGGGAAGUUGAUGACACAUUUUGUGACGCUGUAGUCAAAUAUAGCUGGAGUAGAGGUCAUAUGCUGAAUUUAUCUCAUGUUUGGGAUGGAUCAAGUUCAAGUGCAUUGGAUUUUUCUGCUUGGGUGCGGACAUAUGCAUCAUACCUUGAAGAGCGUCUGGAGUGUUUCCGCGUAUUGAAGUAUGAUGCCCAGAAAGAUCACUCGAGAACUAAGGAACUUGAUACCCCAGACUUACUAAGGCAAUUACCUGCCUUGCAACAGCUUCUAUCUCGCCUUCUUGAUUGUCAGCCAAAGGAGGGAACUGUAUGUAAUUGCUUGAUUCAGUUUGCCCUGUCAAUGGUUGCAGGUGAAAGUGCUAAGUUGUAUGCUGCAAUUACUGAUGGCAAUGUCAAUUUAUUAGACAAGUUCUUUGAGAUGCAGCACAAUGAUGCAGUCAGAGCACUCGAAAUUUAUAAGAAGUCGAGAAGCCAGGAAGAGAGGUUAUGUGAGUUCUUUGAGAUCUGCAGGAGCUUUAACUUUGGACAGGCACUGAAAUUCAUCAAAAUUCAACAGCCCCCUGCAUCAUUCUUGACUACCAUGGAAGAUUAUGUGAACGACGCUCCCAGCAGUUCAACGCUUCAACAUACGCAAAUCAAUGAGAAGGAAGAUGCUGCUCCCCAGGUAAUUCAUCUGGUAGAAGGUGAUUUGUUAAUUGACCAUAAACAAGAUGAUAACGUAGAAGAAAAAUCAAAUGCCAACGGGACAGCCCCUGAUCAGAGUGAGGCUGCUGGCACAUCACAAGUGAUUGAUCUUCUGAGCUUCGAUGAAUUACCCCCAGUAACAUCAGAGUCAGAUGAGCAAAAUUCUCUCGCACUUGCAAUUGUUCAAUCUGAUUCCAAACCAGAUGGUCUCAAUUCAACAAGCUCGGAGUCUAGUUGGGAGCUUGCACUUUUUACAGCUCCAAGUUCUAAUGCAGAUGCAGUUUCAGCACCAAGUUCUAAUGUAGCUUCAGCUGAAGAGACUAAGGUGGCUGUUGGACUGGACAGAUUGACACUGGAUAGUCUAUAUGAUGGUGCAAUGGCAAGUACACCAAAUCAGAAUGGCUUCUACCACAGACAGGCACCCUCUAAUCCUUUUGAUGAUGCCCCAAUUAGUCCUUACCAAUUAGUCCCACUUCCCCAAAACAACAUGCAAAUGGCUAUCAUGCCCCAACAACAUGUACAAGACCAAGUCCCAUUUUAUGGUCUCUAUAGCAAUGCAAUUCCAACAGCCUCAACUAACUCACAAAUGCCUUUCAUGACCCAACAACAAGCUUUCAUGAUGCAGCAGCAACAGUUAGCCAACAUCAGUGAUAUUCCAUCAAAUUCUUCUGGCAAUCCCUUUGCUAUUGAGCAGAGUUAUUCUCAACCGCCGCCAAACUCUUUCAAUGGCUUCAUUUAGUGGAGGAUCACAGGAAAUUGUUGUGGUAAUUAAACAUUUCUACCCCAAAGGUUUGAGACAUUUGCAGUGGAAGAAGCAGCACUCAGUGUCAUGAACGAUUUUGAUGUUAGAAAACCAAUUCUCCAUUGAGUUUACUGGACAGUUGAUCAGUACAUAACUAUCUUCUUCUAAUGAGAAAAUGGUUUGCAUGAGUUUGUUGAAAUAUAAUUAGUUGAGACCAAAUUGGUCUCUCAUCUGAU